AGUCGGUAAUUAACAAAGCAUUGUUUGUACUGUUUUCGCGUAUUUACUGUUUUGCUGUCAUGCUGUGUUAGUUUGUUUAGCCUUGAAAAUUAUCACAUCCUUCUUUUAUGCUGAUAGUAGAAGAGAAGAUCAUUUUUAUGGAGAUUAAAGAUUUAAAGGAUAAAAAAAUCAUACAAUUUGGGGUGGAAUUGGUCAUCAAAAUCAAUUAUUAAAUGACAAAACAAAUAAUGGAGACAAACGUCAAUGCCGGAAAAUUGGGUCCAAAAACACUACACCCCCGCCCCUGAACUCACUCUAUUCUGCAUUUGUGCAAAUGAGUUGUUAAAGAAAGUCUAAGGAGAGAUAGAGGGAGAACAAGUGGGAAAAACUACCACUUAGGGUAUGGGUCAAAAUCUAAAGGGACACCCAAAUAAGGAAAGAUAGAUAGGGAACAAGUAGGAAAAGUUAUCAUUUAGUGUAUGAGGCAAACCAAAAGAGAUACCGAAAAGAAAUACGGGACGAUAUAUUUAGGAACGGAGGGAGUAAUAAGAAAACCAAAUACAACGCCGGAUUGAAUGUAGUAGAGUGUUCAAGAUACCCAAAAGGUGAGUGAGCGUAACAAAAAGGUAUGGAGUAGUUAAGAGAGAUAUAUAAGGUGCAAGGUUUGGUGCUACUAUUGAAAAGUAAAAUAUUGUAUUAGUUUAAUGAGGGAAACAGUUGAAAUUAGUAAGAGAAUUUUAUAUUUCUAUAGUUUUGCACAUUCUUCUAUUGAUUUUGAAAGGAAAUCAAUGAGCCCAAAACUAACAUUUUGUUUGGUAACUUGUUGAUUUUAAUGAGGAAGACUAAGUAAAACCGUAGAAAGGUAGUACUUUGUAUGUAUUUUUCUAUUUUACCAUGUUUGUUAAUUGUGAGAGAAAACUAUGGAAAAGUAAAUGUGUGGAUUUUUUUUUAGUUUUUCAGAGUUUUCCUUUAAAAAUCAAUGGUAAACUGAAAAACUGCGAGUAUACACUUUUUCUCAUUAAACAAUCAAAUAAGUGAAAACUGGUAAUUGCUUUAAUUUUGUUUUCCCACAUAUAUACAAAGUAAUGCUUAUCCACAUAUUUCACCACUGAUUGUGUUUCCAAACACGGCGUAAAAUGGCUCAAUUAUAACUAUAAGGAUUUCCCCACAUUUACUUUCCAUCGUUUUCACUCCUAAUAAACAAACAUGGUAAAAUUGAGGAAUCCUUACAUUUCUACAUUUUUAAUUAGUUUUCCUCAUUUGAAGUUAAUGUAUGUAUAAUUAGGUACUUUCACACUCAAAAUUUACGAGUAUGUUUUAGUCGGACUUUAUAAUGACCCCUCAGCCCCUUAAAGUUUGUUUCAUACCUACUUUUCAUUUGGCAAAUUGGCAAGUAGGGUUGUAAAUAAAGUGGAGAGAGAACACGGGACCAUGUUAACUAAUAUAAAUAUGCAAUCUUUUAUAGACGAUCCAAAAAGAAAAAUGAGACAAUCAUAAUGGAAGGAGCAUAGGGGUUAUGCUUUGACGAAGUCAUAAUUUUUUUUUUUGUUGCAAUAGUCAUAAACAUUUAAUGACUAUGAUAUGACAAAGUCAAUACAUCUUUUCAAACGUGUGGUAGAUUGUUCAAGGUGAGCAAAAUAGUCAAGAGUUGAAAAAAUUGUAAACCAUACAUGAAAAGUUUCCAACUACCCUAUUUAUACAAAUAAUAUAGAGAGAGCAACCAGACCAUGGUAUUUUUUGCACUGCUGAAAUUUGUUAAUCCUGAAUAUGCUUUUCCUGCUUAGAUUAUGGCUUCUAGUGCUCACUUUCUCUUCAAUGGGAACCAUCUCUACCACCACCGCAUCUAUAACACCAGCCAACAUUUUAACCGCUGCUAACACCACUAAACCCGAUUGCCCACGAAAGUGUGGCAACCUAACCAUUCCGUACCCAUUUGGCAUCGGCUCUGAUUGCUCUAUCAGCUUUUACUUCAGCGUUUUCUGUAACACCUCUUACAACCCUCCUAGAGCUUUCACUAUGCUUGACCUUGGUUCAAACCGAGAAGCCGACAUUUUAGAGAUAACCGAGUCCCACAUGAUGCUUCGGAACUCUCGAAUAGCCUCAAAGUGUUACAAUUCCCAAGGGAAUGUGACUUCAGAGAAUUCAUUAGUCUUUGAUAUAGUUAACUCCCCCUUUACUUUCUCAAACAAUACCAACAAGUUAACUGUGGUUGGGUGUGAUGACUAUGCAUUGAUCUCAGGUUACACAGGAGUCCUCGCGAAUGGGAGCCGACAUCAGUAUAACAGUGUUGGGUGCCUUGCCUUGUGCUCUAGCCCUAAUGAGCUGACUCCGGGAUCUUGUUCAGGUUUGGGUUGUUGUCAGACUUCAAUACCGGUUGGGUUACAGUCUUUCGUGAUUACCCUUUUGAGCUUGAGGAAUCAUACUGGUCCUAACAUCUCGAGUUUUCAGCCUUGUGCUUAUGCGUUUCUCUCUGGAAGAGGGAGCUUCACCUUUGGCGGAGCUUCAGAUUUUGCUCCCAAUAGUCUACUGAAUAGAGCAAAGGAUGAAGUUCCUAUGGUGCUUGAUUGGCUUGUUGGGGAUUAUAACUUCAGUUCUAAUUCCCGGCCUACGUGUAAUGAUGCUAGGAAAAACUCAACAACUUAUGCUUGUCAGUUGAAUUCCCGUUGUGUCGAUGUUGAUGGAGGAGGAGGAGGAUAUCAUUGCAAAUGCAAUUCAGGUUAUGAGGGUAAUCCUUAUCUUGAACCAGGUUGCACAGAUAUCAAUGAGUGCGCUGCUGGCUCGAACAACCCAUGUAGCAUGGUAUGUGUUAACACACCAGGGAGUUUCAAAUGCUCGUGCCCAAGUGGAUAUUUCGGCGAUGGGUUGAUUAGAAAUGGGACUGCUUGCACAAAGAUUGUUAAUAAUAGUUCAUCCACCCUCAAGAAAAUCAUUCUUGGGUUAGGCAUAUCCUUAGGAUCAAUACUUCUAUCCCUUUGUUGUUGGGGGUUGUAUGUCCUUACCAGAAGAAGGAUAUUAGCAAACCAAAAGGCGAGACACUUCGAGAGAAACGGCGGCUUAUUGUUACAACAACAAAUGUCCUACGACGAAAGCGUUGUAGCAAGAAUGAAAAUCUUCACCAUUGACGAGUUAGACAAAGCCACUGACCAUUUCAACGAGAAUAGAAUACUCGGUAAAGGAGGUCAAGGUACUGUCUACAAAGGAAUGCUAACCGAAGGAAGAAUUGUUGCCAUUAAAAAGUCAAAAAUCAUGGCUGAAAGUCCUUUAAUAGAGUUCAUCAACGAAGUGGUUAUCUUAUCACAGAUUAACCAUAGGAAUAUAGUCAAGUUACUGGGAUGUUGUUUGGAGACUGAAGUUCCGUUACUGGUUAACGAUUAUAUCCCGAAUGGUACUCUCUUCCAACAUAUUCAUCAACCGAGUGAAGAGUUCCCAAUAACAUGGAGAAUGCGGUUGCAGAUAGCUUCUGAUAUUGCGGGAGCUUUAGCUUACUUGCAUUCCUCAUCUUCAACUCCUAUCCUUCACCGUGACAUAAAGUCUUCUAACAUACUUUUGGAUGACAAGUACAGGGCAAAGUUGUCAGAUUUCGGGACUUCGAGAUCAAUUGCCCUUGAUCAAACCCAUGUAACUACUCGGGUUAUGGGUACAUUUGGUUAUUUAGAUCCGGAAUACUUUCAGUCGAGUCAGUACACAGAGAAGAGCGAUGUUUACAGUUUUGGGGUGGUUCUGAUUGAGCUUUUGACAGGGGAGAAGGCAAUACGUAGUAUACUCGAAGAAGAUAGAAGUUUGACGUCUUGGUUUCUUUCGCAUAUGGAAAGUUCUCGCUUGUUUGACAUCGUGGAUACUCAACUCGUACAAGAGGGUUGUUCGAAAGAAGAGUUUCAGACAGUUGCUGAUGUCGCAAAGCGGUGUUUGAACUCAGAAGGGAAGUACAGACCAACAAUGAAGGAAGUUUUGGUGGAGAUUGAAGUGGUUUUGUCACUUCAUUUGCCGCAACAAAACUGGGUAGAAACUCAGCAUGAAGGAACUAAACAUGCAAAGAAUGGUGUUCCAUAUUCUAGCACAUUGUAUUUAGAUAAUUAUUCUUCGAAUUCUGCUGAAUUAUCCCUGUUGUUUAAUCCUAGAUGAUAGCAGUAGAUUAUAACUUCUAGAUUUUCUUAUGCAAAAUCUUUUAUGGAUUGUACAAAUUAAUUUAUGUAUUUAUGACAAAAUUACUAUUGAUUAUUUUUUUCACAUUUAUUUAAUCCUUAUAAUUGACAUA